UCUGGUCAGAAUGUAAAUUGGCAAUGAUAGGAGGCCGAAAAAGUAAACAAAUGAACAGAAAAUGCAGACGAAACGAUAACCCCCCUCCUUUCAUAUGAAAAGCUUCUCUCUCUUUCCACCGGACGCCGCUCGUCAUCAACACCAACUACCAAGUUCAGUUAAAUCAUAUUUGAGUGCGAGAGGAGCAAUUAAAGGAGAGCAAUGAUGCUCUGUUUUUCUAGUCCUUCACCUCCAAGCUCUCACCUUUUAUUGACUGAAUUUUCUCACUCUUUUAAGAGUUCCCAGCUUCCUCUUCCGUGUAAGCAGCAGAAAAGACAGCCCGAUGGGUCUCCAAGAGCUUCUAGAGUUGUCGGUUACUAUGGAUUGAAAAACCCUCCCUAUAAACUUGAUGCUUUGGAGCCUUAUAUGAGUCAGAGAACAUUGGAAGUUCACUGGGGAGGCCAUCAUCGAAACUAUGUGGAAGGUCUGAACAAACAGCUGGAGAAGAGUGACGUACUAUAUGGCUACACUUUCGAUGAACUUGUCAAAGCAACUUAUAAUAAUGGGAAUCCUUUGCCUGAAUUUAACAACGCUGCUCAGGUGUGGAAUCAUGACUUCUUUUGGGAGUCCAUGCAACCGGGAGGAGGAGAGAUGCCCCAACUGGGUGUCCUUCAGCAGAUAGAAAAGGAUUUUGGUUCCUUUUCAAACUUCAGAGAGAAGUUUACAGAAGCAGCACUUACGCUAUUUGGCUCUGGCUGGGUUUGGCUUGUUUUAAAGAGAGAAGAGAGACGACUUCAGAUAAUUAAAACUUCGAAUGCCAUUUGCCCAAUUGUUUGGGAUGACAUACCAAUAAUCAGUUUGGAUCUUUGGGAGCAUGCUUAUUAUCUGGAUUUCAAGAAUGACAGGGGAAAGUACGUGGAUACGUUUAUGAAUCAUCUUGUGUCUUGGAAUGCGGCAAUGGCACGCAUGGCUCGAGCUGAGGCCUUUGUGAAUUUAAACGAACCUAACAUCCCUGUGGCUUAAAAGGCUUGUAACACCUGCAGGAUAUUGCGGCUAACUGUUAUCAAGAGGCUUCCCAAUGAGUUUAUGGGAGUCUAGCGAGGGUUGAGCUGGAUUCGGAUCAUUUUUCCAUAAAAAGAUGUAAUGCCGGUUUUGUGCCAUUGGUGUCACAUCUACAAUGGUCUUGGUAUGAGAGAUGCAACCACCUUAGAGAGUAACACUGAUUAGAUAAAGCAUAUGACCACGGUUAUGGUGCCUUGUACGCCUGGUUUUUAUUCUCUAUUUACUCAUCAGUUUAAGCAGCCAGAAGAGAUGGCCUGACUCAUGGUUCAUGAGGCGAUUGCUAAACCAAUGUUAGGGACACGAGAUGAUGAGGUUGGAUGGCUAAACUUGUUUUACUGUAUCACAUUAGUUACAUGAAGGUGAAGCACAUCAAAAAUCAAUCGUAUGUCAUAUAAAGUCUUAAAAAACGAGGACCAUGUCGUUAUCUGGGGCCUCCACAUUUGUUAUGGUAUGCAGGAAACUUUUACGGUCAGUUUCGAGAAUAGUAGUGUGGAUUUGUAUCUGAGCAUUUUUAUUUUUA